AUGACUGCCAUGCAGAGACCUUUUUUAGGCGACCUCCAUGGUGCAAUGGUGCCAGGGGUGCGACGACGCCUCGUCAUCGAUCCGAUUUGGCGAGUGAUCGAUGCCCAACAGUACCGCUCUCUAUGGAAAGUCCUCUCCGCCGAAGCUGCAUUCUGCGGCUUCGUCGGGUUCGACAUGGAGUGGACGACAACACUCCAAGCACCUGAUGUUGACAGCGACAACAUCAGGCCCCCCAAGGCACGCGGUGCGUCUGGAAAGCCGAAGGCGCGUCGACUGCUGGGGCCUGUCGCGACGAUUCAGCUAAGCACGUACUCUUGCACCAUCGUGGUUAAGUGGAUCCACUUGCACGCCUUGGCCACAGGUGGCUUCGCCGAUGUUCUCCGAGACCCGUUUGCUCCGACGUCGGCUAGCUGGCCAUGCUAUCGUCAGGGGCAGAGCCAAAACUCGGUGACCCUUCUGCACGAAGUAUACACAAAUAUGUUGCACCUCAUCCACGACCAACGCAUCUUCAAGACCGGCGUCGGCAUUCAUGGCGAUGAGGUGAAGCUCCAUCGCGACUACCCGCCGGUUCAACUUCGGUCAGCGGUGGAUCUGGUUGAGCUGGCAGAUGCCUGUUUGCCAGAUACGGUCCCUGAUCAUAGCCGCAAGCACACGGACCAGAAGGUGACCCUAGUACGAACAGACUCUUUGCGCAGCCUCAGCAACAUGUGCUGUGCCCUCACAGGGCGAAGGCUGGGCAAGGACAUGGCUGUCGUGAUGAGCAACUGGGGUGGCUGCCACGGCGCCCUCACACCGCUGCAGAUCGAGUAUGCAGCAGAGGACGCCGAGGCGUCGUACGAUGUCUGUGUCGCCAUUUUGAAAGGUGGUGGCUUCAUCGUCGACAAUGAGGCUUCUGCAACGCAUUCGAGCAACAGCACAACUCAUUUUCCAUGGAGUAUGGCGAAAGAGCUCGACUGUCGUGAAGUGCUGGCUUGCUGCACCACAGCGCCGAUUAGCACGUUUAAAAUCACCUCCGCUGCACUGAAAGGCGCUGCAAACGGGGCGGCGGGAAUCCUGUGCGACGCACCUGAAACUGACGUGGACGCGUCAGUGUCGAAAGCGCCUUGCUCCACUGCAGCAGACAUUGAAGAGGAGGGUGGUGCGCGGUGGUGCAGAGGCCGUGAGCGGCCGUACUAUGACAACAUCAACGUCUUCGAUCCCGACAUGCAGCUGGUCUUCACAGUGGACAAGAGUAAAGCGAAUUGGUAUGUAAAGAAGAAGGGGCUUGCCAGAGUGGUGCAGUGGCGUACGCCUGCUGGCGCGAUAGUGACGGAGGAAGAGAAGGGAGCGUUUUCCGAUGCAGAGCAUUUGAAGGUGUCCGCCAUUCAGCUCAGCUUUGCGCCGGACUUGGCCCGCUACAAUGAUGUGCACAUCCGUCGUAACAUGGACUACUUCAAGCAGCAAAAGGACAACAUCUGCGUGGUGUGCGGCAGCGGCGGGUCGCUCGUGCGGUUUGCCGUCGUGCCACUGAUGUACCGCCGCUUUUUCCCGAGAGUGUACAUGAGCCACAACAGCUACGAUCUUCUUUUGCUGUGCCCUCCCUGCUUUGCCAAGUCUCGAUUGCUGUACGAUCGCCUGCGCCAGAACGUCGCUGAUGACUUCGGCAUCCCGCUCACCCAUCUGCGCGCCAAGCAGCGCGACGAGUACGCUGAUGUAAUACGGCAGAUGGCGCAAGCUAUAGACGUACGCUCUACUACUUACGAGGAGGCAAAGAGACGAGCGCUAUCCACGCCGGGGCACGUGGAUGUGCCUGAGAGAGACUGCGAUCUACACCCGCGCCUCCGGCUUCGAGGAAUGCAAGACUUCCUUGCUUUAAUGGAGCAUCGCGAGACACUGGACAAGGUGUUCAGUUUCGCCAAAGCCCUUCACCUCUACUAUGAGUCCUUGCGAAGGCACGCAGAAGCAAGCGACAGUGGUGACGGUGACAUCGAUGUGGGGAACGUGGUGGCCUCACCUGACGGUGCUUGUAGACCUUCGGAGAUGUUAACGAGACUCAGGAGGAGAAACAGGCAUCACAGUCAGAAGGUUGGCACCGCUUGUGCAGCGGGCGCUGCCCUUCUCCCGGCGGAGCGGCGCACUAUGAUGGCUGACUACCUGCGCAAGCACGCCUCUGUCUACCCAUUCUUUGCUCGCCGAAGAGACGAGGUCGACUGUCAGGACGGUCGGCAACUUCAAGACGCCGUGUUUCACGCCGAAAGUGAUGGCGCCGCAUCGGCGCAAGGCGUACGUUUCAUCUUAACCGGCGUUGCCGAGGUGCCUGGCGCCGCUGGGUACAUGUACAGGGACAGCGCUGGAAUGCAGCAGGGUAACUCGAGCCGCAGUGUGCUGACGCGGUACUGGCUCGACACGCAUUCGGAGCUGCUGACGAUGCUCCCCACUUUGACUCGUGCGGAAGAGAGGCCACUUCAGCCAGUGGACAGGGGCGAGGUGAGGAAAUUGGAUAGCGGCCUUACGCAGCGUAACUCGCCAUCCGCCGACAUCGCGGCCGAUAGUGAGGCAUGGGGGAUGCCAUACGUGGAUAGCCACGCAUUCCUAGUGGUGCGUCUUCUCUUAGAGAAGUACUCCGAUUCAUCACUGUAUGCCAAGACGGGUGAUCACGCGGUAGGCCAAUUCAUCUUCCGCUGGCGGUCUAGUUUCGUGGAGGGAAUGCACCCGCAACACCUACCGUGUGGGUGGACUCCGGAGGAUGGCAUUCUACAGUGA